AUGCAGCUCCUUUCUGCCAUUGCGACCACGGCGGUACUCGCCGGAAGUGCUUCGGCCGUCAACUUCACCGGCGAUGUUGUGAAUGGCGUUCCCGUCAUUCAGGGACUCAAUCUCGCAGAUGUGCCCCCACAGACCGUCUCGAAGUACUAUCUCCGAGCUGGUGAGCUCAAUGGCGGUCAUCCGGUUCAUAUUCCCAUUAUGGUCGCGCGAGGAACCAAGGAGAGUCUGGAGACGGGGAAGAAGUUGUCGCUCUCGGGUACUAUUCACGGCGAUGAGCUGAACCCGGUUCGCGUGGUGCAGCGCAUUUUUGAGCAGCUGCAAGACCAGGUCGCGACACUCAAUGGCACGGUCAUUGGUAUUCCCACUGUCAACCCAAUGGGCAUCUACCUUAACCAGCGCAACUACUUCACCUCAGGCGCAAGCGGCUCCCUCACAAACGUGAACCGCAUUUUCCCAGGUGUCGCAGCGACAGAAGGAGGCAGUGGACCUCAAAUCCUAGCCUACAACAUCUGGAACCACAUCUGGGGAAACAUGUCCAACGUCGACGUGGGCAUUGACCUACACACCCCCAGCUCAGGCGGCGAAACCUCACUAUGGUGCUACUCGGACUUCCGCCUCCCCUACGUCGAGCGCCUCGCCAAGCUCCUCCAGCCCGACACGCUAAAGAUCGACCCCGGCGAGCCCGGCUCCAUCGAAACAACCUUCAUCGACUACAAGAUUCCGUCGCUCACGGUCGAAAUGGGCCAAGCCAAGGUGUGGAACAACAGCCUUAUCGACCGCGUAGUCGACUACGUAAACCGCGUUAUGGUCGACCUUAAAAUCACGCCUUCAAACACAACCGUCGAGCCCGAUCUAAGCAAAACAUACAUCAUUACUACUUUCCACGACACCUCGUCGCAGUACGGUGGCUUUGUUGAGAGGCUGGUUGGUGUUGAUGAGAUGGUGUCGAAGGGUCAGCCGAUUGCUCAUGUGCGCAAUCCUUUUGGUGAUAUCUUGGAGACUUUGGUUGCACCGGAGAAUGGUCGCAUGUUUCAGAGUCCACGUGAUCCUAGUAUUGAGCCUGGCGGUAGUGUGGGGCAGAUUGCGUAUAACAUGAGCGAGUCAGCCACAUAA